GCCGCCGUCCUACCACGAGCGGCGGAGCCGGCAGGUGACGCAGGCCGCGACGAUCGCUCGGUUGGAGGCGGAGCUCAAGGCCGAGCGCGACAAGUGCGUCGAGCGGAGAAGGUACCGCGAGCAGGCCGUGACGACCCAGGGCCAGCUGAUGGAGCAGGCGAAGCAGAUCGCGAAGCUGACG